AUGUGCUCGUACCGUAGCGUUACCAUUACGUCGAUUCUAUCGCCACUUCCAACCUCCUCCAAACACCUAUAUUCAACCCCUCUUACCGCCAACACCUACACACUUGCCCCCGCGAGCCGAUACCACCACCUCGCCUCCUACGACAGGCAAUCCAACCGGCAGGUCAAGGUCUUCAACUCUUACCUCUGGUUCCUACGUUCAUUCUUCAACGCAUCCAACCAAUCAAAAUGCUAGUAACCGAGUUUGCCACUCGUCUCAAUCAAUCCCACCCACUACUUGCGAGUCGUCUGACACUGGCCAACGUUGUUUGAUUUGUCACUCUUGCAAGCGAUGUGUACGAGCGCGCUGACAAAGCGAUGCACUUCACCUCUCAAGACACUCGCCUUCUCCCUUUCAUUCAACUCGCCUUACAGCUGAACAUCGAGGCCGACGACUACAAAGCUCUAUGGAAUCUCACAUUCCCUUCGAUCCCUUUUGCCCACAUUGAUCCAACCAACCUAAUUCGCCUGCACGGUCUGAAUGAGCUCCUUAAAAAACGAAAAGUUCAUGAGGUUUACUUAAUUCCACCCACGUCGACCUGCUUGGUGUGUGACCAAGCUUCCGGAAAGAGCUUCGCCAAACGUCCUCGGAUCAAUGGCUACCUUUAUGACCUGGAUGGAAUUCACUCUGCCAAAUUCCAUACGUGGGGCUGUUUAGAUUGUGGUGCAAAGUAUCGGCCAUCCUACUAUACAACAGGCAAACAACGAGUCUACUAUACCCAUGCGCAGGGCGCCCAUCCCGACUAUUACCAGGUUCACUGCCAUUUUGCUAUGACCCACCAACUAGCAAGGUCUUUUCGUCAUGCUCAGAUGUUGGCACACAUAUCGAAUUUCAAUAUUGUGAAUUUAUUCAACCUCACACAUCUGAAGGGCUCCCAAAUAGUACCAACCCAUCCAGGCGAGCAAUCCAACCCCAAGAUGUCGCAAGAAGUUGCCCGCGAUGCUGUGGACCUAUUCAGCUUGCUACGACGAUCGCUGAAGGACACAAUGCCGACCGUUUAUUGCCGGCAAUGGUACGAGAAUUACAUCAUAUUGCAAAUCAUGGGUCUUCGCACCGGAACCAUUUCUGUUCUUUGUGUCUGCACAAACGCCCGGUGA